GCUGUUUCCUGUCUACAGUGUCUGUGUAAUGUAGAUAAAUGUGAGGAUUUUCUCUAAAUCCCUCUUCUGUUUGCUAAAUCUCACUGUCACUGCUAAAAUCAGAGCAGAUAGAGCCUGCGCAAUGGAAUAAAGUCCUCAAUAUUGAAAUGUGACAUUGCUCUCAACAUCUCACAUCUCUCUGGAUUUCUUUUUUCUCAUCAUUACUGCUAACAAAUUCAUUUCCAGACUUUGCACUUUCAAGAAGCAAUGGAAAAAAUCAACAGUCUUUCAACACAAUUAGUUAAGUGCUGCUUGUGUGAUUUCUUGAAGGUGAAGAUGCACACUGUGUCCUACAUCCAUUUCCUCUACCUUGGCCUGUGUUUGCUUACCUUAACCAGUUCUGUUGCUGCUGGCCCAGAAACACUCUGUGGUGCUGAGCUGGUUGAUGCUCUUCAGUUCGUGUGUGGAGACAGAGGCUUUUACUUCAGCAAGCCCACGGGGUAUGGAUCCAGCAGUAGACGCUUACACCACAAGGGAAUAGUGGAUGAAUGCUGCUUCCAGAGCUGUGACCUGAGGAGGCUGGAGAUGUAUUGUGCUCCAAUAAAACCGCCCAAAUCCGCGCGGUCCGUACGCGCCCAGCGCCACACCGACAUGCCAAAAGCACAAAAGGAAGUGCAUUUGAAGAACACAAGUAGAGGGAACACAGGAAACAGAAACUACAGAAUGUAAGAACAUGCCAUCCACAAGAAUGAAGAAUGAAUGUGCCAUCUGCAGGAUACUUUGCUGUAAAUAAAUUAUUUGUUAAACAUUGGAAGACUUAAAAAAAACCUUUGUUUUAAAAAGCUUGAUGCAAUUUCAACCAAUGGGCAUUCUCCCAGUGAACAAUGCAACUAAACAUUCCAAUAUUAAGUCUUUAGAGAACAGAACAUUUUAACCAGACCAGAGCUAAAAAAAUUCUGUGGUUGAUAUAUUGCUGUUUGUUAACCUGUUUUAAAUGUCCUGCACGAAAACUCUUAAAGUCCUGUGCCCCUCAAAAGCCUACAAAUUUUUGGGCUUUUGAUGGAUCCAAUUGCACUAAAUUAACCUAUGAA